AUGACAUGGCGACGGCUUGCAUCGAUGACGAUCCUCUUCAGUGUGCAUAUCGCUUGUAUGUCAGUCAACCCGAGCCCGAUGCCCUUCGGAUUGCGGUGGCAAUCAGGUAAAGCGAACUUCAAGCUAUGGGCUCCUCAUGCAGCUUCUGUUGCGCUGGAGGUCAAGCAGGGCGAAGAAGUCGCCACACAUCAGCUGACCAGGCAAGGAGAUUCUUUCGAGAAGGACCAGCUCGACAUCUCCCCGGGGGAUUCUUACCGCAUCGUCCUCACAACCAGCGACGGGCGACAGGUUUAUCGCCGCGACCCCUACGCGAGAGGCGUCGAGGCCAGCGACUCGUUCUGGUGUGUGUGCGUGGAAGACAGCUCAAAGUACAAGUGGCGAUGUGAUUGGAAGGCGCCAACGUGGGACCAGCUAAUCAUCUAUGAGAUGCACGUCGGUUCCUUCACUGAGGAAGGAACGUUCGAGGCAGCUGAAGCCAAGCUCGACCACCUUGCGGACCUCGGCUUCACCGCCAUCGAAGUCAUGCCCAUCACAGAGUUCGACUCGACACACGAUGGAGGGUGGGGCUACAACCCCCGACAGCUGCUGGCGACGCAUCCCAAGUACGGCAGUGCCGACCAGUUCCGCCAUUUCGUGGACCAGGCGCACGAGAGAGGAAUCGCUGUGAUCGUCGACGUCGUGCUGCAUCAUCCUGCAGUAGAGGGGAACAUCCUCUGGGAUUUCGACGGAUGGAGCCAGGACAACAACGGGGGCAUCUACCAUGAAGGGGCGCCCGACACUCAGUGGGGGCGGGGCUACGCAUGGUGGAAGUCGGAGGUGAUCGACCUGCUCACGGGCGGCUGCCUCGUGUGGCUCGACGAGUGCAACUGCGACGGCUUGCGGUUCGACUCAGCCCUGGACAUCCCGACGGAUGUGGCGCAGAAGCUGACGCAUCGCUGCCACGAGCUCUUCCCCGGCAAGAUCCUCAUCGCCGAGGUGACGCCGGAGAACCCCAGGGCCAUCUACGAGUGCGGCUUCGACUCCCUCUGGAUCCAUUCCAGCUACUUCGACAUCAUCCAGCAGCACCGAGCCCUGGGCAGAGGCCACCAUGGCGGAGGAGACUGGGCAAGCGGGUGGGACAUCCCGAAGCUCAGGACCGCCUUUGGCAUGCACUACGGGUUCAGCUCGACAACCCAGACGGUCAAGUACUUCCUCGGCUCACACGAUCAGUGUGGGUGCCGCCAUGGCGGCGGUCACUACGAAGACUACAAGGAGAUCGGAGGACAGCAUCGUUACGCUGUCGACCAGUACGGUUUCUGCGGGAGACCAGACGGCAAGGCGCUCGCGGCCGCUCGUAUGUGGUACUCGACCAUGGUGUCCUCGAUGGGACUGCCGAUGUGCUUCAUGGGCACAGAGUGGGCGCAACCAGGAUGGUGGGACUGCACGCCAGAGAGGAGGAUCAGCUGGGACCUGGCCAAGGAUACCAUCGGGAUGCAGAUGAUGAGUGCGCUGCGCGACAUCCACAAGCUGAGAGCAGGCAGCGGGGCCCUGAGGUACGGAGGGACGAGGAUGCUGCAUGAGGACAGGCCCAACGGAGUGAUUGGCUUCGAGCGGUGCGAUGGUAAGGACAGGUACUACGUUCUUGUCAACGCGGGACUGAAAUCGUUCGGCAACUACGGAGCUUGGGCGGAGUAUGGCGUCUUCCAAGAGGUGUUCUGCUCACAGUCGAGCAAGUAUGGCGGGAAGUACGAUGACGGUACGGAAAUCCCUUCCACCUGCAACGAGGGCAGCCUGUCUUGCAACGGAGGAACUCUCACUGUAUGCUUACCGCGGCAAUGCACCUUUGUGUUCUCAGACAAAUCUUUUCAGAACGCGAAUGAAUAA